AUGACUGGAGGCAAACUAAUCAGUCCUAAUCAAGGCAGGGAGCCAGAUCGGGAGGAGCAGCCUGAAGACAACAUGCCCCAGUUUAAACGACACCUCAACGAUGACGAGGUCACGGGAUCGAUCCGCAGCGAGAGGAGGAACCUUCUGGAGGAGGACUCUGAUGAGGAGGAAGACUUCUUUCUGAGGGGGCCCACGGGACCUCGGUUUGGACCCCAGAGCGACAAACUGAAGCAUGUGCAGUCUCAGGUGGACGAGGUGAUCGACGUGAUGCAGGAGAACAUCUCCAAGGUGAUCGAGAGAGGAGAGCGACUCGACGACCUGCAGGACAAGUCAGAGAGCCUAUCAGACAACGCGUCUGCCUUCAGCAGCCGAGCCAAACAGCUGCACCGGAGGAUGUGGUGGAGAGACAUGAAGAUGAAGAUCAUCAUCGCUCUGGUCGUGUUUGCUCUCCUGCUCAUCAUCAUCAUUCCAGUGAUCCUGCGAUACCGCUAGAGUCUGAGCAGGAUGACGAGGGGGACCCUCCUUUUCCUCUUCCUCCUCUCUGUCUCUCUCUCCUCCACACACAGUCCCCUACUCCAGCCAGGGGGCGCCAACUAACCUCCCACCCCCCUCUGUGUGAGCCCCUGUACCCUGAAGGUGAACUCAUCCUCUCCUCAGUACAGAUCUGUUAAAGCUGAGAUCAGUACUGAGGCUUAGUUUGAGACUCCGCUGCAGAAAGGGAUCAUGGGAAAUCAGGGGAGGUCUUUUAAAGCAUUUUAGGAGGAAGCAGCCUCUCAGUCCUCUUAGACCGAGGAGGGUCCGUCAGAUAUCCACACUUAGACUCACAGGGACUCCUCGUAUAGAUAGAAGCUGUAAACCGGCUGCAGCAGCUUCGUAUAAAGACGCUUUAAUGUUCAGCAGAUGAGCCUCAGAUGUCCACCCAUGAUUCCUCGUGUGCCGUCCUCUCUUAGUGGGAACGUUUAAAGGGAACGCGAGGCGAGGGAACAUCUGAGGUCCAUCCACUCGCUCACACUCUCUGAAUCAUCCACAGCUGAUUUCACGUGUCAGGUGUGUUUCCUCGUCAGCUGUGACUAGAAAGAGUCCAUCUGUGCAGAAACAUCCUCUGACCUGAUCCUCCUCCAUAAAUCUCUUACUGUACAGCCGGACCCGUCACGCCCAAACACCCGGGUUCUGAAUGUGCCCUCGCCCUCCUGCGGUGCCGUGCCGAGCUCUGGAGCCGCUCGGUCUCGGCUGCUCCUUCUGUUUGCUUUCUUUCUGUCUCUAGUUCAGCUUCUGUGUUUUCCACUGCUGUUGUUUCCGCUCGCUCGCCGUGAUGCUCGUAUGAACGCUGGUGUUUCAUCUGAAGGGACGUUUGUGUCCGCACUGUUCUGUUUGAAGAUGCUGAGCCGUGGAACAAACCUAGGUGUCAUUAAUUUACUGUAUAAAACAUUUUAUGAUUUGAAUGUAAUUUAUUUGAGCUGUAAAUAUUGACUGUACGGAUGUAUUAUAUUCUGGCACUGCAUUGGAAGACUGUGAGAUCCUUUUUGCUCUGAAUAAAGUGGUUGAAAGGG